GAAUCACUACCCCUUUAACUACCGGAUGUCACGUGGUACAUUACAUCAUUCAACGAUAUUUUGUUACAGUACACAUUUUGACAAAUAAAUUGGUAUGUCAGAUGGGCUGAAAAUGUACAUUAUAGCAGUGUUGAUGUUGUUUGGGAUUUGCCAAACAUGUAUGGCAGGGAAGUGUAAUGACAAUGAAUUCUUUGACGAGAUAGCAAGUGUUUGUAAGACAUGCUCCGAAUGUCCGGAUCAACUGCAGAGCAGAACUUGUAGUGAGUUUAGUGACACUGUAUGCGGUCUCCAAAUUAAAUUUUCCUUCUUGGAUUCCCAAAGCUCAGGUAAAGAAGAUGAAAGAGACAUGGAAGCACCGACUGUUUUACAAUCUGAUGAGGAAGAAAGGUAUUGGAAGAGUCUUGCGUUUGCUUUGAUAGCUGUAUUGAGUGUGCUGGUCAUUCUGACAACCAUUGUAGUGAUUAUCACAUGUCAUCGUGUCCGCAGCUAUACCUCACUAUGUAAGGGCGUCGCACAAGAUCAAGAAGAUGCAGAAAGUGGGUAUGUUAUCAUCCACAGAUUUAUACCACCAUCUGUCAGCUCAUCACCUGAAGGAGAUAACGCCCAAAACACGGCUGAAACACACCCAUUCAUCUCAUACCAGCGUAGAAAUUCAAGAAAUGGUGCAUACAGACCUAAGAGAAGGAUGAUGAAUGAAUACGUAGAUGAUGUGUUUGAGAGUGAUGACAGUGGUGGUUCACGAACACUCCGGUUACCCCUGGCAACAAUACCAGAGAAGUCGGACUCAGACAGUCCCGAAACUCCUAACAGCCCCAUCAGUCCAAAAAGUUGAACAUCUUCAUAAUGAGAAAAUUGAUGUGGAGGUUUUUUUUGCAGCGAUGUUUUGUGAUUCAUGUAAAAGUAUUACAUAUUUUUAUAACUAUAAGUGGUACAGUGCUGUUAAGCAUAUUAUAAACUGUAUUAGCUUUGCCAAAAUUUAUUUAUAUAUAAAUGGUAAAAUCAAAAUUUGUAAUUAAUGACAUAAAUAAGAUUAUAACUUUAGUGCUUUAGAUGUUAUAAAAGCAAGGUAGUAAUGUUCUACUCAUUAACUAUUUAUAUGUAAACAAAACUCAUUAUACAUGUACCAUAGUGAGAUUUGGUUGAUAUUAUGGCCAUUAUUGCAUAAAGAAAAUUUAAGUACAACUUGCCAUUGAAGGUCCUUCUAAUAUAUGUGCUUUAUCAUGUUGAAUGGUUGUACAAUAAUUACAUAUUUUUUUACAGAAAUGUCUUAUUAUUUUAUUUCUGUAUGAAGGAUGCAGUUUUAAGAUAAAUUGAGUAUCGAAGGGUUAAAUUAUACUUAUUAACUUGUGCAUCAUUCUGGUAUACUGUUCUUUAAGCUCGUCUGGUAUUGACGUAAAGUUAUCAAACAUAACUUCUAGUUUUACUAGAUUCAUUCAGUGAUUUAUAUAAAAGUAAAACUUAACUACUGUAUAUCUGAUAUAUUAUUAAUCAUAUAUACCACCAUGACAUAACUGCAGGGUACUUAAACAAGGACCUAUAUAUACAUGUGCUUGUCAUAUAAUGUUUCCACAAGCUAAAUAACCUUUAAUCUUACUGUGUGAAACAUUUACAAUGUUCCUAUAAUAAAUAAAUGAUUAAAUAGAUUCCUAUGAUACUUGUACUUGAUUUUGUAACAGUGUAAAUUGUUGGGGAUUUUCAUUUCAAAUAAACCAAAUUUGUUGUAUUGGCAAGUAGCAAUAUGACAGUUUUAAAAUGAUAUUUUUUUAGUGUGUUUAAUAAGAACUACUCGUGUCAGAAGGCAGUUAUCAGGGCGUUUUUUUCACUGGCUUGGGAGCAGCCUUAACAUUAAUUUUGAAGGGGGGGAGGGGUUAUACAUUAUAUUUGCAUAAGGGGAAGAAAAAACUUUUUGUAACUUCAAUUUUUGGGGAAAACUGCAAGAUGUUUGGGGAGGUUGCCCUAAAACCUGCUAUAGAAGGAAAAUAAGCCCUGGCUAUUGUUUUAGGACAUUUCAAUAUUACAGAGUCUCUUUCAUUUGAUAUAAAUAAUCUUGUUGCUCCUGUUUUUAUAUCGUAAUUUUUACCUGUAUCAUUGAAGGUAUCAUGUGUUACAGUUUUAUCCUAUUUUACAUUGUGCCAUAAGAGUCGGAACAUGGACUCACUCAUUGUGUACAUCUUUUAUGUGAAUAGUAAUUUGGUUGUGUUCCGGAGUUUUUAGUUGUGCUAUAUACAUGUGUUAUAUGUUGCUAUUUUUAGAUGUGUUCAGUCUGGAGAAGAGAAAAUCAUUUUUAUAAUGUGUUCAUUGUACUCGCCAUGUGUUCAGCAUAAUAUCUUUUAUUAUGUACAUUAUAAGGACUUAUACCUGUAAACAAAACCUCUAACCAUUAUUAUAUAGUAGACAAAAGUAUAAAACAGAGAAUUUUAUCAGAAAAAUAAUAAACUCUGCAACUAAACUCCAGGGUAAAUGAGAAGUCAAUGUAAAUGCUUGUAAACAUAAUUUAAUUGAUUUUUAAAUUUUAAUACCUUAUCAUUGUUUAUUCAUUUCAUGUCAAAUAUUUGUAUAAUAUUAGGAGAUUAUAGAUUUUCAAACCAUUUUAACUACUUUCCCUCUUAGAUCACACUUUUAAGUUUAUUUGUUCUAGUAAUAAAAUAAAAUGUUGUUUUUGUAACUACAAAUGAGCUGUGUCACAACAAAACCAACAUAAUGGGUGUGCGACCAGCAUAGAUCCAGACCAGCCUGCGCAUCCGCGCAGUCUGAUCAGGAUCCAUGCUGUUCGCUAUCAGUUUCUUGACUUGUAAAAGGGUUGGAAAGCAAACAGCAUGGAUCCUGAUCAGACUGCGCGGAUGCGCAGGCUGGUCUGGAUCCAUGCUGGUCACAAACCCAUUAUGUUGGUUUUGUCGUGACACGGCUCAAAUUAUCUUUUUAACAUCUGUUCUGUUUUUUUAUUAUACAUAUUCUGGAAACAAAAACAAAAUUUUCUAUCUCACAAAAAAUAUUUAUUCUCCAUUGUUCAACGAUUUAAAAUGUGGACAAAUAAAUAAAUGUGAAAUUUACCGUUUAUCAUAGAAAGGGUGUGGUACAAUCUUUAUUACCAGAUGUGUAGGUUUAAUAAAAAAUACAUACAGGUUAUGAGAAACUUGAUGUGCAAGACACAUUUUUUUUAUUCAUACUUGUAUUAUUUAUUGUUCAUUGUGAAAAAAUAUGAUUUCUUAUUUCUUUUAAAAAUCAUGCUGUAACAUGGAUAACUGCUUGCAGUGUUAUUAUUUUGUUAUUAUGAACACAUAAGUAGGAAAAAGUAAAAAUUAUGUAGAGAUUAGCGGAAUCUUGUUAUUAUUGAAAAUUUCAGCUUUCAUGAAUAUAUCUUCUGAUAUACAUGUACAUUCAUAUAUUGAGAUGUUUAUAUUUUCAAAUGUUGAAUCUUUUCAAUAUCAUGUUUUCUUUUUUCAUAUUUCUUCUUUUCUCUGUUUUGUCUCUUUUUUUUUUAGAGUGGAUCUGAUUUUAUGUAAUCUUAUGUAUCAUUAUCAUCAUUUGCAUAUAAUGCUUCAUUUAUUUGUUCAUCAUCUGACUGUCCUCUACUGGUAUAUAAGCAUUUUCAUGGACAAACAUGCAUCAUAAAAUGUGAAAAUCUGGCCUAGUUUGUCCGAAACUCUGGUUUCACUACAUAGUCACGAAUAAAUCUUUCGCCUUUUACUAAAGAUUUCCGUGCAGUGUCAUUUGCUAUGUUUUUAUGAUUUAUAGGUGGUAAAAUGUCAAUGUGACAAACAACAACAGAUAUUCUGCCACAUACAUUUUAUUAAAGGAAUUCCACUGAGAUACAAAAGCCUUAAAAAAACAUAAAAUUUGAAUUUCUCACAUAUUUAUGAUGCGCUUAAACAAUAGGAAAUUCAAAAGAUAAUUAAGAAAUAUACGCAGAAAUAAAUUUAAAUUUGUGUGAAAAACAUUUUAAUAACUUUUAAUUUAAAAAAAAAAAUAUUUCUAGUCCAGUCAUGUUAAAAAAACUCAGUGUAGUCCCUUUAAGGAAUUUUAGAAAGGCUUACAAAUCAAUAGAGGACAUAGUAUUGCAUGGCAAUACUUCAUUUCUUUUAUUUAUAAUUCUUUUUCAUCAUAAUUUACAUUAUUAGGAUCUUAGUGUAAUCCAUCCAGUUUUAGUUAUAAUCAAUAUAAAGUUAUCACAGAUUUAAAUGUUAUUUGUGUUUAUUAUUCAUCAUACAGUUUACAUUUUAUAUGUGCUAACUGUUCAUCAGACAGUCAAAUGAAGAUAUAGAGCAUUUGAGUUAAACAGCAAGUUGAAUGUUGGUCAUACACAGGUCACCAAAAAUUUUACACCAUUGAAAUGCAUAUAUUAUAUGACAAAUCAUACAGUUGGAUGAAAAAAUACUCCCCCAUCAGUGUUAAAGUGUGUAAAGCUAUAACUGAAGAACUGUAUUGAAAACUUUCAAGAAGUUAAAAAAAGCCAGAAAUUUAAAGUGUCUCUGAUAUGUUACACAAAAAGGUCAUACCUGAAAGUAGAAAAAACAACAACUUGCAAAAUAUUCUCUCUUUUUUUUUUUUUUUGAAGAAAUAUUCAAUCUUUUGCUAUAGUCACUUCAUUAGUUCCUGUUGUCGUCUGAAAACUUUAACGUAAGCUAUUUUAUAAUUUGCUGUAACUUUGUUGUUAAUGUUGGGAUUAUCUUCUGCUUGUUGAACAAGACCUUUUAGUAGACCAAAUUGAUUUUGACCUUCAUUUAUCAAUGACCUUGACUUUAAAGGUCAAAUUAUUAUAAUUCUUCAUCCAAUGAUGUUUGACUUUGGAAAUAAGAAGAAGUCAAGUGUGGCCCCCCUCUAGGGGAUGGCUCUUGUUUUAGUUGAUUCAGACAUGCAUAUGCCAUCUGCUUUGUAAUGCAUUUAUAGAAAUAGUUUUUCAAUUUAGGUAUUAAAUAUUUAUGUAUGAUUUAUAUCAAGAUACAAAUAUUCUUCCAGUUACAUACCAAAAAAGCUUUAAAAGUCUCUUCUUUUUUGUUGUAUGAUAAAUUGUAAUUCUAACGGUUUUUAGAAAAGUUUUAAAACAUUUAUGAUGUCCCCACAUUAAAAGUGGGAAGCAUACUGUUUAGGGAUCGUUUGUCCAUACCUCCAGCUAUCUUUAUCUGAUCAUCAUCAAUAACUUGAUUGGGAAAAAGCUUAAGUUUGUGAAACUUUGUAGGGGCAUUGGCCAUUGCCAAUAAUUGACUUCUUUUAAUUUAGAGGUUAAUCAGGUCAAGGUCACAGUUAAACUUUAUGUAAAAUCCUUUUUCCAAUGAUUCACUCGCGGAGAAAAAAAAUAGGCCAAAAUCUGUUAAACUUGGAAAGGGCAUUGUACAUGGCAUGUACAUGACCCCUUUUGAUUUUUAGGUCAAGGCCACUGUGACACUUGAAAUCCUUGUAUAAUAAAUAACAAGUUUCCUCUGUUUUAGUUUUGUAAAACUUAUAAGACUAUUUAAUUAUAAGUAUUUUACUUAUUAAUAUAACACUACCUUUUAAGAAAUAUGCAUAACUACAUGUAUGUAAAUAUGCCAUUUUGGCAGGCAAAUGAAGUGAGAACAUUGUCCUGUGGACUCAUUUUAAGGUAUUUCAACUAUCAUCUGAAAGAAUAGUUUAUCUUAACCUUUUACCCCAUGAGCAUAUUGCGAAAAAUGGCCGUUUUCAUUGAAAAGCCUCCUGUAACAAGUUCAAACUGCUAUGAAACUAUGAAAAAUGCUUCAAUACUAAUGAAACUUGGCACAAAUGUUGACUAUACCAUAGCCUCUGUAACAGCAUGCUCAAUGGUAAAUUUCCUGUUACCAUGGCAACGGGGGGACGUCUCAAAAUUGCCAAAAAUCACUAUUUUGCAUUGUUUUUUUCCAUCAAAACUGAUUUCAAAGUGCUGCAACUUCUCAAUGAAUUGAGAUAGAGUAAAAGGCUUUUCAGCGUUGGUUACUAUUUACCCUAAGAUCGACCUGAGGCCAUUUUUAGCAUGUCCCAUGUCCAAAAUUUUCUUGGCGAUGAGGGGGACUCCCCCUUCAAACCCCCCAAACAGAAGGGGGCACCUCCCCCUUCUGGCAACCCCCUGAUGUAAUAUUUGGAUGGGGAAUGGGGCUGAAAAAGAGGUCACUUUUUUAACAACAUUUCUCAAACCAAAAACAGUGUUUGGGGUCUAAAUAGGGCAUUUUUUCACUGUUUGAGGCCUCAAAAAGGGGGGGGGAAGCCGUCGAAACACGCUUAUAUAAGGGAAAAGGUUAAAAUCAUCAGUUAAAUAUUUUUGUUGUUCUGUCUGUUCCCUACAAUAAAUUUGUCUGCAUUAUUGAUCAUUUCUUAAGGUGCUUUAUAGUGUGUAAAUGAUUAUAAAUACAUUGUUAGAUCUGACUUUGUAUAUUAUUUUUGAGUAAACAUUAAGAGGC